AUGAACGAAGGUCUAUCGGAGCGCUUCGGGCGCUCCAGAAAUGCUAUCCGUCCAGCGGGCGAAUCGGCGGAGCUCUGGGUCUUGCCACCACAGCUGAAUCUCCACGUGAGGCAAUACUUUGAGGAUGGCAAGAACCCCGUAGACGGCGGUGCUUGGCUUGAGCGACCUGAGUUCCCAUCUUCGGGCGAGAUCCUUGACGUCGACACCAACUCGUCUACGUCCUCCGAUAUCGUGGAGCUCGUGGCCAACAAGCCAGUAGGCGCCUGGCAAUCUAAAGAGGUAUAUUUGAGCGCCAUGUACGAGCUACUCCGCGAAGAUGCUGUACGCCCACUGCGCCAGGCAGUUUCCGCUGUGCGCGGAACUCCAGCCGCAAGUGAGGACGCGUUCAACAGCACUAUCGGUAUCUAUACCAAAGUCCACAUUUGCGCUAUCACUUGUUCAAAUCGUGGUCUUGCUCAUCGCGUCACGUUCAGCCUGGAACGCGUCGGCAAGAUGAUCCGCUGGGAGCAGAGCAAGCGACUCAUUUCUGGCGGCAUAGUUGCGUUGACUCCAGCAGAUGACAUGUUCCAGAAGAAGGCAAUUAUAGCCACAGUUGCUGCUCGACCUCUAGAAGUGCUAAUGCAGAACCCACCGGAGAUUGAUCUGUUCAUAGCACGAGCGGAGGAGAUGGAGCUUGAUCCGGCCGUUGAUUGGGUUAUGGUUGAAAACAGGUCGGGCUUCUACGAAGCCAAUCGACACACGCUGACGGCACUGCAGCAUAUGAUGCGGGAGCCAUUCCCGCUUGCGGAGCACCUUGUAUCAGCGCAGAGGAACGUCCCGAGCCCGGAGUACCGCCUACAGCACCCGGUGGUCGACAUGACACCUGUACUCCGAAAUAACAAGCAUGAGACGUAUGACAACGUCGACAUCGUGAGCCGUUGGCCAAGCCAGCCUUCCAGCGAUCUCGAUGCUUCCCAGCUAGCAGCUCUACGUCGCAUAUUGACCAAGCAGCUGGCACUCAUACAAGGUCCACCGGGUUGCGGUAAGACUUUCGUGUCAGCCAAGGCUGUGGAAGUCAUACUCAAGAACCGCGCCCCAGACGAUCCUCCACUGAUCGUCGCGUGUCAGACCAACCAUGCAGUGGAUCAAAUGCUACGGAAGAUUGGCGAAUUUGACAAGAACUUCCUUCGCCUUGGCGGACGGUCAAAGGACAAAGACAUCAAGGAGAACCAUACACUUCACAAAAUAAAGCAAAAGAAUGCCGACAACGCAGUAGCUGGCUGUCUCAAGCCCAGUGCGACGAAGAAGAUGAGAGACCUCCGCAAAGACAUCGCCAUCGUGCUAAGCCCGCUGGAGCCGAAGAAAGUUCCGCUCGAUUACCGCAUGCUUGAGAAGAUAGGGUUAUUGACGCCCAAGCAAGCGGACAGUCUCGAGGCUGGCGCGUCAGAGUGGGUUCAGGACAACCGAACUAAUCCAAACGAGGCUCGCACCUCACCUUUCACGGUGUGGUUGGGUUCUACACUAACUUCGGUGCCACCCAAGCAACAGCCAGAGGAAUUUGGCUUCGAGUACGAGGAGACUGACCUUGCUUUCGAACAGCUCAGAGAGCUGGAAGCCGAAAACACAGCAAGAGAUGAUGAAGACUUCGAAACUCUAGACGGUCCAAGUUUCACGCUCGCGGACAAUUUCACGUGCCGGAAGGUCACCGGCGUCAGCGAGGCGAAAGUGCAGAACCACUUGCAGAAGGAGCAGAACCUGUGGAAGAUCCCAGAAGCCGUCCGUGGUGAGGUUUACCGCUACCUGCAGGCCGAGACGAAGAAGCAUCUGCUCCAGUCGUUUCGCGAGAAGGCCAAGCAGUACAACGACCAAGCCGCAAGACGAAAGACAGGACUGUGGGAAGAAAACGAAACUGUCCUCAAGAAACACAGGAUUAUUGGGAUGACCACGACUGGCUUUAGCAAGUAUCGUGGUCUCAUUGCCGCUCUCAAGCCCAAGAUUGUACUCAUCGAAGAAGCCGCGGAGACUCUUGAGCCGCCUGUCACCGUCACAGCUCUUCCCUCCGUGCAGCACCUCAUACUGGUUGGUGAUCAUCGACAGCUGAGACCGAGCUGCGCAGUCAAAGCCUUGGAAGACCCUCAAUGGGCUUUCAACAUCUCGCUCUUUGAGCGUAUGGUACAGAAUGGCCUUGAGUUCGACAUUCUGACCAAGCAGAGACGCAUGAUUCCUGAGGUUCGCCGCCUUCUUCAACCUAUAUACAAGAACUUGAUCGAGGAUCACGCGUCAGUCAAACAUUCAGCCAACCGUCCGGAUGUACCCGGCAUGGGCGGUGUCAAUUCGUUCUUCUUUACGCACCAGUGGCCAGAGCAACUGGACGAUCAGAUGUCUGCGUUCAAUGUCGACGAAGCUGAGAUGAUCGUAGGCUUCGUGGAGUAUCUGGUCUAUAAUGGCGUUGAGACGAAGGACAUCACCAUCCUGACGUUCUACAACGGCCAGCGCAAACAGUUCCUUUCAAAGCUACGUCAGAGACCUUCAUUGUCCGGCUACACUGGUCCUGUUGUCACAGUCGACUCUUACCAAGGUGAGGAGAACAAGAUCGUCAUUCUUUCGCUGGUCCGCAGCAAUAAUAAGCUCAAGAUCGGCUUCCUCAGCGUGGACAACCGUGUCUGCGUGGCGCUUUCCCGGGCACAGUGUGGCUUCUACAUGUUCGGCAACGGAAAUAAAGGACCGAAGGCAGAAGAUCGUCUCAAGUCGGAGCCGUUGUCAAGAGUCAGCACUACGUUGCCUGUACGCUGCAGCGUGCACGACAAUCGGACGCUGAUCGGGAGUUCAACAGACUGGGAUAAGAUUACAGGCGGCUGCGAGCUCAAGUGCACCGGGACGCUUCCAUGCGGCCAUGCGUGCGAGCUCACGUGCCAUCCUUUCGAUCACGACGUCAUUAACUGCGUUCAGCGUUGCGGCCGUGGUGUGGCGAAUAUCACUAACGCUCAGCCGCGUGAGCACCAGUUGUUCGACGCUCUCGAAGUGGUGCGCAGUCACGCGUCCUCGAACUCAGAUUCAUGGAAGUCAUUCGCUGAGGAGGAGCCGCUUCGCUAUGCUAUCGCUGCUUCUGCGCCGCCAUCGCAGCGCGCAAGUCCGGAGAAGAGGGUGUCGCCCACGAAGACCCUCGCCAAGCCAGCGACUAAGGUCAGCCGGAGGGUAGAGCUUCAGCCAAAUCUUGGUAUAGACGGAGCCGCAUCGUCAACGGGUGGGAGCAGGCUAGGGUCGAUGUUCAUCGAUGAUCUCGCGACUCUAAGCGUAAGCGGGGACAGUUCGGUGAAGCAGUCCACAAAACAGGUCACGGUGGGUGCGAAUGGCAAGAAUACAGAGCGUGAGGACUGGUCGAACAGGGCGAGCUUGCUUGACGACUGA